UCUGUCAGAACUCAGAAGAUCCUUGGCUAUUUGUAUAUCAGAAAAUGAAGCUUUUUGGUUGGAUGCAAAAUAAGCUUAAUGGAAAGCAGGGGAACAAGAAACCAAAUACAGUUCCUACUACUACUCAUCCUGCAAAACAAGAGCCUCGUGAAGAAUUCAGUGACUGGCCUCAUGGAUUACUAGCAAUUGGAACUUUUGGAAACAAUGAUUUGAAAGAAAAUGCAGCUGAAAGCCAAGAUAUUCAGGAAGAUCCAACUUCAUCAGAAGAAAUACUAGAUAAUUUCACUCCUGAAGAGGUUGGCAAAUUACAUAAAGAGUUAACAAAGCUCUUAACGCGAAAACCAAACAUCGAAAAGGAAAUCGCAGAUCUUCCAUUGGACAGAUUUCUAAACUGCCCAUCAAGCUUGGAGGUUGAUCGGAGAAACAGCAAUGCACUUUGCUCCGAUUCAGCAGAUGAUCACAAGGAUGAAGACAUUGAGAAGACUAUUAGUGUCAUACUUGGUAGAUGCAAAGAAAUUUGUGGAGAUAAUAAUAAGAAGGCAAUUGGGAAGAAAUCCAUUUCUUUUCUUCUCAAGAAGAUGUUUGUUUGCAGAAGUGGAUUUGCACCACAACCAAGUUUGAGAAAUACAUUUCAAGAGUCAAGAAUGGAGAAGCUUUUGAGGGUAAUGCUUAACAAGAAGAUCAUCAAUCCACAAGGAUCUUCUCGAGCAGCAUCAAUGAAGAAAUACCUGGAGGAUAGACAGAUUCCAACAAAGAAGGAAAGUAACACUGAAGAUGAUACAAAAGAGAAAAUUAAUGAUGGAUGUAAAUGGGUCAAGACAGAUUCUGAAUAUAUAGUCCUAGAAAUUUGAGUGUGCCUCUGACUUUAUUGGCAUUCUUAUUAGUUAUUACAAAGAGUCAGAAGUUUAUGCUCCAUACAAUUAUAUGACUCAAAUCAAAUACUUGAAAUGGCAAAGUCUGAGAAAUUUCAUAGGGGCAACACCAAAUCAUCAAUAAGUUCAUCCCCAGUGGCUCCUGAGAUGACCAUAAAAUAUGCAUGUAUGACUGAGACAGCUUCUCUAUUUUGUUAACG